AUGAUGAGCUUUAAAACAAAUGAGGCAAAAUCAAAUGAAGUAAGGCUUUCUCCUUCAAGCGAAAGGGAAAAUAAGUACGCAGGUAAUGGUAAAGGUAAUAACAGCAGUAAUAAUAAUGGCAAUAGUAAGCGCAAUAGUAAGUGCAAUAGUAACUUCAAUAGUAACUUCAAUAACUGCAGUGGUAACUUAGGUAGGGAAAAAGCAGACCGGAAGAGUAACAGUAACAAUAGAAUAGCAAAACAGAAGAAAAGGAACAAUUACAAAUAUGCCAAGAAGCUCAUUAAUUUCUUCUUAAGGAGUUACAAGUUGGAAAAGAUAAAAAAAAGGAACUUGUUCAAAGAAAAUACAUUAUUAAAGAAAGAGGUGGAACAAAAAAAAAAAAAUUUGAAAAUUAUGAAAAAUGAUUAUUUAACCAUUCUAAAUUUAGAAAAGGAAUAUUUUGAUAAAUACCAAGAGGACAAACUGUUCAUAGAUAAUACAGAAAAUUAUAAUACAAAUAAACUUGUUAAAGAUUCGUCGCACUUUAUUUUUUUCUUUAAUUUAUUUGUUAGAGGACGUUAUUUAAAUAUGGACAGUUUGGAAGAGGCUUUAAUGAAGGAUAAUAAAAAAAAAAAUAUACAAAAAAAAAUAAAAACAAAAAUACAAGAAAAUAUUAUAGAAGCGAAAACAAGUACUAAGAGAGAUAUUCUUUUUUUAAAUGGGAAACAUACAAGACUCUUAAUAUGCAAUUAUUUGAAAGUCUUUUUGAACAAUGUACAGAACGAAGAUAUGAUAAGCACCAAUUUUCAUAUUAUUGAUUAUGCUGAGUUGUAUGAAAAUAGGGAAAAUAGUAAUAAUAAUUAUUUUAGCAAUCAUAAUGUAAAGAUAAAACAAAAGGAGCAGUCUACUUUUUUGUCUAGUCCGGGUUCUUUGAACCACAAUGGCCGUAAAAACGAUGCGAGUGGCAAUACUGGUGGUGUUAGCGGUAGUACUGGUUCUACUGAUGAUGAUGCUGCUCGUAAUAGAAAUGAAAAUAGGAGUAAAGGUGGCAUGCAUGCUGGUAACAAUGAUGAAAGUGGAAGCAAUCUAAACGGAGAUAACAAAAUCGAUAAGUUAACAAAUGACGAUCUAAUGGUUAGAAGCAGCUCCAUGCAAAAUGGUAAAUGCAUUGAGAUAAACGAAUUUAUAUAUAACCGAAUACUAACCAAUUUUGUAACUGAGUUAAAGGGCUUCUUUUUCUCAAUUAUAGCUAAGGUAAGAAGCAAUAAACUUAUUGCAACUCUAAUUGUUAUAUUCAGUGAGUUAUGUUUGCACUUAACUCCUUAUUAUUUGAACAUAAUAAAUUUUAUCGAUAUACUUAACGAUUUUGCAAAUGCGAUUUCAGUGAGUUACAUAAAGCGUCUUAUAAUAUUUUUUCAAAAUAAUAAAAAUCAGUUUAUAGAAAAAUAUAAAGAAUUUCAAAACUCAAUUAUUUUCAACGAUCCAGUAAAAAUACAAUCAGUUGGAGCUAGACUAAUAGGUUUUAUAAAAAUUUUACAAAAAAAAAAUAGUCUAAAUAAUAAAAAAAAAGAAUCCUUUAAUAUAUUUUUUCUCAAUUUGUUAUUAUCUGAAUGCCUACCUAUUAAUCACUUAGGUUUCUGCAACAGACAGUCAGUAAAAAAUAAUUGCAAUUUUUUAUUUUAUGACUCAUUAGAACAUCAUACCAAUAGCCUAAACGAUGAACUAAUUCUUUUUGAUGAAUAUGAACUAACCAUUAGGGAAAAUAUUAAAAAUUAUAAAAAAGUAAAAACGAUCAUCCAUAAUGAAAUCAACAGCAGGUUUUUCUCAGACGUUUCUUCAUCCAAAGGCACAAAAAGGAAAAACCCAACCGUGGGUUUAACUAGCAGUGUGGAAGAAACCGAGGGAAAAAAUGAACAGCCGCUUUCAAAAAAAAAGAAAAAUGUAAACAGUAACAGCGACAAGCAGGAGGAGAAGGAGGUAACGGACGACGAACAGGCAAGCACUAGCACCACCACGAUGCACAGCGUCAAGAGAGUUGAUGAGGAAAGGAACAGAUCGAAUAAUGGAAAAGAUGCGAUAAGUAAGGAUGGAAGUAAUGAUCGGAGCAAGGACAAGAGCAUGGACAGGAGCAAAUACCAGAGCAAGGAUAGGAGUAAGGAGCGGAGCAAAGAAAGGGGCAAACAAAGGAAGAGAACAGAGAGCAGCAGUAGAAGAAGCAGUAGCAGCAGCAGCAGUUGCAGUGUCGGAACUCCGGAUAGACACAAAAUGGGGAACACCGAAAAAAAUCUAACAUGCCGUAAAUUAUUUAAUAAUGUAAAUGAAGCGAAUAAGAAUUACAAAGUGUAUCUAUCCUAUAUUUAUCUUGUAAUUUUUGUAAGAUUCCCUGAAAUGUUUGCCAGUACUAAUAAGAUAGAGUUAGAUGAUGUUUACAAAUCAUUUAAACUAUUUUAUGCAUUUAUAAAAAAUUUGAAAAAAGAAAAUAUUAUGAAUAUAAGUGUGAUAAGAGAAUAUUUACACAAUUCUGAUUUUGAUUUUCUUGGGAAUAGACAUAUAUAUAAUAUUGUAAUACGGGAUGAAAAUUUUUUAAAUGUUUUUUUUUUCAACAUUCUCCUAGUCCUUAACUAUUUAAAUUGCGAAUUACAUAUUUUAGAAAAUUACACAAAUUUACCUGCACAUGGUCAGGAUAAUGGGAUGAACGACAUUUCUGAAAAAUCGACUGUAAUAAAAACUAAGGAGAUUAAUAAUCGUGUGAGUGGUACACAUAAUAAUUUAGAAACUAGUCAUUUGUCUACUACCCAUUCCCAAGAUCAGAACAGAAAUUGUGAGGAUAAAAAUGCAUCCACAAACUCUCGAAUGCACAAAGGGCCUCAAAAGAGCGGCAAAGAAAACAGUAACACGAAUAGUAGUAACCUGGCAAGUAACAACAACAACAACAACAUCAGCAAUAUUAAUAGUAAUAGUAACAAUAAUAGUAGUUUAAAGAACAAAGAGAACAGUAACAAAAUUAUUCCUGGAAGUGGGAAAGGAGAAAGCAGUCAUUUGAUUAUCGCCAGUUCAAGGGAUGUAAAAAACAGAGAUAACAAAUUAGUUAGUGAAAAGACGAAAAAAAUUAUGUACAUGUUCAUAAAGGAUUUAAUAAACUAUUUAGAGAGCACGAAAAACUCAUAUUAUUAUAGACUUUUAUUGUUAAAAGAAUAUUGUUGGUAUACUUGGAAAAAGCAGUUGACUGGAAAGCCAAGCAAAGAUAACUCAGACAUAAAAUUUGAAUUUAAAAGUUGGCAUAACGAAAUGAAAAUGGAAAAAAAGAAUGCUAAGGAGGUAGUAAAACCAAGUAGUAACAACAGCAUCAACGUUAAGAAGGAGCACGAUUAUAAUAAAAGUGCGGACAGUUCAUAUCCUGUGCAAAACUUAAUUUACAUAAUUGAAAAUUUCGAAUUAUUGAAUAAAAGAAUGAAAAGCUAUUAUGAGUUAAACAAAAAUAAUAAAAAUUUAAUGAAAAAUAUGUAUAAAUACACAAAAUUUAUGCAGCAUUAUUAUGCAUAUGAUAAUAAUAUAACGAAUAACAGCACCGAGGGGGAGGUACCAACUGGUAAUGACGAAAACAUGGCGAAAAUGAAUCCAGUUCCAAGUACAACACCCUCUAUAAAUAACAUGAAUAACUUUUUAAUAGAAAUUAAUAAGAUAUAUUUAAGAAGAGAAGCCGAAUUUUGGGAAUUAGACGAAAGUGACGCAGUUACAAAUAUGAAAAAAAGUAAAAACGAAACAAAUAUACUUAUUGAAAAACUAAUUGAAAAAUUAGAAGACUAUAAGAAAAAAAUGCAUAUAGAUAAUGAUCCUAUUAAUGAAAUUGAAGAGAGCGAAAAGAGCAAAAAUAACCCUGUUUUUAAAUUCAGACUAGCAAAAUUGUUUAUACUCAAAUAUAUUGACCUGUAUGCUAUUGUAAAAAAUAAGGAGUUCUCAACAGAUUGUAACUUCUUGUACAAUUUGAUGCUUAAGAUGGACAAAAAUUUAGAAAAGAAGAAAAAUUUUAAAGAGAACAAAAUUGUCUUAAAUGAAGAGGAGGACCAAGAAAAAGAAGUGGAAAACGUGGAAGAACAGCAUCAUGAGGGGAACGCCAAUGUUGGUGCAGAUGCGGAUGCAAAUGCAGCAGAAGAAGACGCAGGAGGGAGGGAAGAAGGGGGAAAUAAAAUAUCUGAACAAGAUAAGAAAUUUUCCUAA